CGCUGUCAUUCCUUUAUAUUCCUUUCCCAGUAAAGAACACAGAAGAGAAAGAAAAAAAAAAUCAUUAGGCGAUUUUGAUCUUCUUUUUUUUGGGUUGGUCUCUUUCUGCGAGUUGCUGUCAUCCCAAAUCUUUUCAUUUGAUCCAACAUCCAACCAUGCCGCGAGGGACCCUUGAAGUUCUUCUUGUCAGCGCCAAAGGCCUUGACAACACUGAUUUCCUCUCUGACAUGGAUCCUUAUGCCAUUUUCACCUACAAAACUCAGGAGAAGAAGAGUGGUGUUGCAUCAGGUAAAGGGUGCGAUCCAGAAUGGAAUGAAACCUUUUUGUUCUCAAUCUCUGAAGGUGUUAACGAACUCAAGAUUAAACUAAUGGACAGCGAUAACUUCAGUAGUGAUGACUUAGUUGGAGAAACUACAAUCCCCCUAGAUGCAGUGUUCGAUGAAGGAAGCAUUCCACCAACUUCAUACAAUGUUGUCAAGGAUGAUGAAUACCGUGGAGAGAUUAGAAUUGGUCUUAAUUUUACUCGGGAGAGAAGCAUUGACGGGGGAUUUGGACAGGAAGAGAACAUUGGUGGAUGGCAACAAUCAGCUAGAAACUACUAAAUUAUUGUCUGGUAUUGAGCUUUGCCGUGUGAAAUACUUUUCUGAACAUCCAUCUCCCAAGGUUUGAGAUGCAUGUUUGCAUCUUUGUAUGAUCACUUUUUCUCAGAAAACAGUGUUGGUAUUCGUCAACAAGACCUUGAUAUUAAGCCAAUGUCAAGUUUCUGGUUUGAAGACAUUGAUUUGCUGUUCUGCCUCUUAGAUUAACUUGCAUUCUCAGAUGAAAAUUCAGAAAAAUUUGGCUCUUUCUUCAAAGAGUAUACUCUGCAUACCCUGAUAAAUUGUGAAACAGCAAGUCUUUAUUUUGCCACCUCUGGAAUCAUCAUUUGAAUCAUAUAUUUUCAUCGUACUGGAUCUGGAUUGAUGAAUGUGGUAAAGAAAUAGAUUCAACGCUUGUGCAUGUUCAAACUUCUUUCAUAAAUGAGAGGGAAAACCCCCAUUUUGAUAUCAGUACAAAAGAAUGAAUAGAAUAGGAUAUCAUGGUUACAACUUGAAAUAUACCUGCAUUGGGACAAAGACUACAUUUAUUCAUCCAAGCAAAAUUUAACUAAGCGGAAAUCCAAAAGAAAUCUCAAAUAUCAUCAAGAUCUUAUCUCGGUAACAUCCCAUCAAGAACAAUGAUAUUGUUUAAGGAAUGCUGCUGGAAUUCGGAGCAGUGUCAAUUCCAUGCCUCUGUGUAGGAAAUGUGACGAUCAGCACACUGCAAAUCACACCAUUGGCAAUAGGAAGGGAAUUGAGAAUCUCUCCCAUCUGAACUGAAGGCUUAGUGUAAAAGCAGUUGACAAUGUUACUAUCAAGAAGCGCGAUGGUGGCGAAAACCAGCAAGGAAAGAAAAGCUUGCAAGAAAUCCAACGCAUUGAUCCUUCUCUUCUUAGCCUCUUCAGGCGGAAUAGUCACAUUCCUAUCAAUCGCAUAAAAGCCUCUAAAUGUAGCGAACCCGUAAAACACUUUUCCCUUCUCAUCCUUGUAACUAUCCGAGAAACUAAGCACGAAACAUGAAAAUCCACAUAGCGCUAAGAGAACUGCGGUCAUGAUCCGCGUGGCGUUGUCACAAACACCGUGAUUGGAUAAAAUGGGAGUUAAGAGCUGGAAAGUGAGGACUGUUCCGGUUGGGAGACGGCUGGCUAAGUAAGCUGUGCCUCUGAAUGUUGAACUUAUGGCUUUCCUUAUAGCAGAGUUUUGAUCAUCAUCAGAAGACUUAGAUGAUGGUGUUUUGGGGGUUAAAAGGGGUGUUUUUUGGUCAUUUUGGGCUGGGGCAGCUGGAGUUUCUACUUUGAUAUCCAUGUUGUGUUUCUCUUUUUUGGUCAACAGUGGGGGGAAAUUGGCGAAUUCUGAAUUCAGGCUGUGAAUAUGAUGGUGAAAUAUGUAACAGGUUGAUGAUCAAUUUAUAGGUGUGAUGAGAAAGACUUUGAAGUUGCAAGGAAGAUAGCAGAUGAUGUUAAACAAAUGAUUUGUUAACAAUACUAGUACGUGUGUAGUCAUCACGACUUUGAUUGGGUAAAUUAACUUGGAAAAGACUUGGUCCAAAAAUACAAUAGAAAUGCAACCAAGACCAAAGACAUUUCAAAUGAGCAGCCAUCACGAUCUUGAUUUUUAAGUUUUGAACAACUUCAUCUGUUUCUAACAACGUGUAUAUUUCACUUGAUUUAGAAGAUUAUAUUAUUAAUCUAUUGUAGCAGUUAAUGAAUUUUUCAGGCAUAUAUA